UCCGGGCUGUGAGGACCCUUCUGUCCCCUUCCCUGUUUAAACUCCGCGGCUUCCAGACCGUUGCCACGUCCCUCAACCCUAACUCCAGCACACGCGCGCACGCGCGUUCUCUGUCCCUGUGUGACACCCGCCCUCGCCGCGCGGCCGCGCAGGUCCCCGCGCGGCGCCCUCCUCCCGCCACACAGGCGCGCGCGCGCAGGCCCGAGCGGGAGGCAGCUCGCCCGCAGCUCCGCACUCGGCGGCGACCUGCUCCAGUCUCGCAGCGCCGAUGGCAUCUCCCGGCUCCGGCUUUUGGUCCUUCGGGUCUGAGGAUGGCUCCGGGGAUCCCGAGAAUCCCGGCACAGCCAGAGCCUGGUGCCAAGUGGCUCAGAAGUUCACGGGCGGCAUCGGAAACAAGCUGUGCGCGCUGCUCUACGGGGACGCCGAGAAGCCGGCGGAGAGCGGCGGGAGCGGGCCCCCGCGGGCUGUCGCCCGGAAGGCCGCCUGCGCUUGCAGCCAGAAGCCCUGCAGCUGCCCCAAAGCGGACGUCAACUACGCGUUCCUGCACGCCACAGACCUGCUGCCUGCCUGUGACGGAGAAAGGCCCACUUUGGCGUUUCUGCAGGAGGUUAUGGACAUUUUGCUUCAGUAUGUGGUGAAAAGCUUCGACAGAUCCACCAAAGUGAUUGAUUUCCAUUAUCCUAAUGAGCUGCUUCAAGAGUAUAAUUGGGAAUUGGCAGAUCAACCACAAAAUUUGGAGGAAAUUUUGAUGCAUUGCCAAACAACUCUAAAGUAUGCGAUUAAAACAGGGCAUCCCAGAUAUUUUAAUCAACUUUCCACGGGAUUGGACAUGGUUGGAUUGGCAGCAGACUGGCUGACAUCAACAGCAAACACCAACAUGUUCACCUAUGAAAUUGCUCCAGUAUUUGUGCUUUUGGAAUAUGUCACGCUAAAGAAAAUGAGAGAAAUCAUUGGCUGGCCAGGGGGCUCCGGCGAUGGGAUAUUUUCUCCUGGUGGCGCCAUUUCCAACAUGUACGCCAUGAUGAUCGCGCGCUUUAAGAUGUUCCCGGAAGUCAAGGAGAAAGGAAUGGCUGCUGUUCCCAGGCUCAUUGCCUUCACAUCCGAGCACAGUCAUUUUUCUCUCAAGAAGGGAGCUGCAGCCUUGGGGAUUGGAACAGACAGCGUGAUCCUGAUUAAAUGUGAUGAGAGGGGGAAAAUGAUCCCAUCUGAUCUUGAAAGAAGGAUCCUUGAAGCCAAACAGAAAGGAUUUGUUCCCUUCCUCGUGAGUGCCACGGCCGGAACCACCGUGUAUGGCGCGUUCGAUCCCCUCUUGGCUGUCGCUGACAUUUGCAAAAAGUAUAAGAUCUGGAUGCAUGUGGAUUCUUCCGUGUGUAUGACAGCCAGUGUCAGGGCCAAAGAGAUAGCGGCAGAUAAACUGGAUGAUUCAUUGGCUCAGAUAAGAUCCCCAGGCCAUAGGGCCAACUCUGUGACGUGGAAUCCGCACAAGAUGAUGGGAGUCCCCUUGCAGUGCUCCGCUCUCCUGGUUAGAGAAGAGGGAUUGAUGCAGAAUUGCAACCAAAUGCAUGCCUCCUACCUCUUUCAGCAAGACAAACAUUACGACCUGUCCUACGACACUGGAGACAAGGCCCUACAGUGCGGACGCCAUGUUGAUGUCUUCAAAUUAUGGCUAAUGUGGAGGGCAAAGGGGACUACCGGGUUUGAGGUGCACGUUGAUAAGUGUUUGGAGCUGGCAGAGUAUUUAUACAACAUCAUAAAAAACCGAGAAGGAUACGAGAUGGUGUUUGAUGGGAAGCCUCAGCACACAAACGUCUGCUUCUGGUACGUUCCUCCCAGUUUGCGCACCCUGGAAGACAAUGAAGAGAGAAUGAGUCGCCUCUCAAAGGUGGCGCCAGUGAUCAAAGCCAGAAUGAUGGAGUAUGGAACCACCAUGGUCAGCUACCAACCCCUGGGAGACAAGGUCAAUUUCUUCCGCAUGGUUAUCUCAAACCCCGCAGCAACUCACCAAGACAUUGACUUCCUGAUUGAAGAAAUAGAACGUCUUGGACAAGAUUUAUAAUAACCUAGCUCACCAAGCUGUUUCACUUCUCUAGGUAGACAAUUAAGUUGUCACAAACUGUGUGAAUGUAUUUGUAGUUUGUUCCAAAGUAAAUCUAUUUCUAUAUUGUGAUGUCAGAGUAGAGUAGAGUUUAAAAAUCAAAAAAACAUUGCUCCUUUUAAAAAUCCUUUCUUAAGUUUAGAAUACCUCUCUAACAAUUAGUGACAGAAGGCUGUGUUCUAAUCAAUAAGGAAAAGCUUAAAGUUGUUAUAAAUACUUCCCUUACUUUUAAUAUAGUGUGCAAAUCAAACUUUAUUUUCACUUCAGAGUAGUAGGAUUGAAUAGUGCCAAAUUGCCCCUGAAUCAUAAAAGGUUCUUUGGGGUGCAGUGAAAAGGAUAUAGUAAAUAUAAAAUGUAUGUUGACAAUAAAAACUCUUGCCUU